AAGGCCCUCUAGUUGCGGGUAUAAAAGAGCCGGGUACAUGUUGCCCGAUUGCCUUAGUCUCUCCGGUGCCCGCGUUUUGUGGAUUUCGAUUGUGAUUCCUUCCUUCAGCCUUACAAAACCCCAGCAGCAGAAAUGGAUCUGAGUGCUCGCGACAUUGAAAGGGGGAAAUUCGCCUUCUCCAUCUACGAUUUUGAGGGUAAUGAGACUAUGGACAUGUUCUACUUGGGAGACUGCCUCCGAGCUCUUAACCUAAACCCCACCUUGGCUCAAAUCGAGAAAAUGGGUGGCACAAAGAAGAAGGGAGAGAAGAAGAUCAAGGCUGACGAAUUCUUGCCCAUCUUCUGCCAGAUCAAGAAAGAAAAGGAUCAAGGCACCAUUGAAGAUUUCAUUGAGUGCAUGAAACUCUACGACAAGUCCGACAACGGAACCAUGGUUUUCGCAGAGCUCCAACACAUCCUCAUGGCUUUGGGCGAGCGCCUCGAAGAGAAGGAAGUCGAUGACAUCAUGGCUGCCUGCUGCGACCCCGAGGAUGAGGAUGGCUUGAUCCCCUACAAACCUUUCUUGGAGAAAAUGAUUGCUGGUCCUUUCCCGGACGCGGAAUAAACAUCAACAUCAACAACACCCACACCCAACCGUGAAAAACCGCAAAAAUUUCUUCUUGUCACAACCACCAGUUGCCAAAGAAUGGAUUAAUUAUCACAAAUAACCAAUACAACAUACAAAGACGAGAUUCUUUUUCAUUGAUUUAACAGAUUUAUUAUGAUGUCUCCAAUUCUGUUUUGUUUGUUUUCUUUUUUGAUUUGGAGGGGAAUCGAGUAGGAACGAGGGGAAGGGCGACGUCAUCAGCAGAUCAGCUUCGUUGUUUAUCGUGGAAAAAACAAAACUUUUUUUGUGAAAAGAAGAACGAGUUAACAAAAUAAUUAAAAUUAAAAGCAUCGAAUCCUGUGUCGUUUGAGGGAAGGGAGACUUAAUGUAACAGCCGAAUAAAGUCAUAUGUGCAUGAUUGUGA